AGAUGGCCGAUUCACAAGAAAUUUCUGUUAAAGUCUUAGAUCGAAGCACAGAGACGUGAUAAAGGACACGGGACAAGCUGAUUUCUUCAUACCUGUGCGGUCAUUUGUAAUCGGAAAAGCCAAGCCUGGACGGUGAAACAGUGACUUCAGAGAAAGCCCUUUUCUUUUCCCUUUGGAUCGCACGGUGGUCUCAAGGCGCUGUUUUGUUUGAGAUGGGUACCAGACUGGUCGGUUGUGUUCCUACGUUCUCAACUUCCGACAGUAUUUGACGAGACGAGGGAAUGAGAACCGGCUAGUGAACCACUUUACGGCAAUUUCUGGUGAGGAACGUUUGCGACAUUAUUCUGCUUGGCUUCGCGCUGUCUGGCGCAGGAGAACAAAAAUAUGAUCGAGCCCGAGUGGGAGUCGGGAACAUAACAAAAGUGCUCGUACUCUCAUAUGCAGAGAACAGGACAACGAAAAACCGGAGGCAGAAGAGCUGUGUGGUUUGUGAGAUCCUUAGAAUAGACACAGAUGGGCCUUAAGCUGUAGCUCACACUUGCAUUUUGCUGUGACCAAAAAAAAAAUAAACAGGGGCACGUCGUCCACAUCCGUUUGAGAAGCUCACGUGAAAAGGAGAUUUUUUUUUCGUUUGUUUCUUUAUCGUUUUCGAAAGAAACGAUAACGGAUCACUCGUCUUUGAGUGUUUCUGAAAACAACAGCUCGAAGAUUGGUGCAGUAUUGUAACUUCGAGCACGCGCUUGCGUUAUUAUUUUCUUUUCUUCUUCAAACGAAUGGAAACAUUGACACGAGAAAUCUGCGGAGGAAGAAACAGCGCCUAGACGUCUUUUCGGAGUAACUCGUGCCGAUAACGCGCUUGAGUGAUUGCGCAGGGCAAGUGUGCGCCCCGCACCUUGUCUACACGGGCUGAACUCGGCGGCGACUCGUUUCCUGCAAGCAGCUUCCCUGGCGGUGCGAGCUCCUGUUGUGCCUUGUUGUGCCUUUGAGGAACCAAACCCCGCGCCUUAGAGCAAACGCAGGGAACUCAUAGGUGAACGUUCCACUGCCUGCUGUUCAAGGCAGUGGUGGAAAUGCAAGCGUCAGUUUGAUUAUAUACAGAGUCGAGAGGUCGGCGAGACGGCGGUGCUCCAAGAUGGCCGAGAUUGACGUCACGAAUGUCAUCGGAGACUACGGCAAGUUCCAGAGGAACGUCUACCUGUUCUGUCUUCUCAAAGGAAUUCCCAACGGCCUGCAUUUGUUCAUCUACAGCUUCUUCCUGCCGGCGGUCGAAUAUUGGUGCGCGAGGCCGGACAGCCUGGCCGCGAACGUGACGUCCGAACAGUGGAAAUCGCUGGUGCUGUCGUCGAACUGGACCUCUGGCGCAUAUUUGUCGUCGCUUCGCAGUGGUCGUUGCCGGAUGUUUGACUUCGAGUUGUCGGACGAAGGCAUUCCAGAGUUCGGUAACGCUACGGUGCGCUGCGACAGCUGGGAGUACGGUCGGAGCUACUACCGAAGUUCCCUGGUGCAAGAGUGGGAUCUGGUGUGUGAUCGAGCAUGGACGAGAAGCCUGGUGCAGACGGCCACCAUGAGCGGAAUGCUCGUCGGCACGCUGGUGUCAUCACUGGGAGACAGGCUCGGACGACGACCCAUGGUGAUCGCUGGCUACGUGACCAGCCUCGUUGGCAGCGUCUGCGUCGCGGUGUCCCCGUGGUUCUCGCUUCUGGUGCUCUUCAGGGGCCUUCUGGGCCUCGGCUUCGGACUGGGACAGACCGCAUCUUUUUGCCUUCUGAUGGAGGUGAUCGGUCCUCAGAAGCGGACGACCAUGGCCGUAGCUUUCAGCGUCGGCUUCGCUAUCGGCAUCAUCAUGCUUCCGGGAUUCGCGUGGCUCCUCCAAGACUGGAGGUCCCUGCAGGCCGCCAUCAGCGUGCCCUUCCUGUUCUUCGUCGUUUGGUCAUGGUACUUGCCGGAGUCUCCGCGCUGGUUGAUAGCCACGGGAAAAAUGACUGCGGCCCGAAAGGUCAUACUGAAGGCCUGCGCUGACAACGGACAGCCAGUCGACGACAUUGACUCGGUGCUUGGGCAACUAAGGAAAAAAAUCUUGCAGCAAGAGCAAGCGGCGAAGAAGAACGCCGGCUGCUUGGACCUUGUGAGGAGUCGGAGGGUGUUCCUCUACACCUGCAUUCUGGUCUACGCUUCUGCGGCGAGCGGCAUGAUCUUCUACGGCCUGCAGCUCUCGGUGACCAACCUAGGCGGUGACCCGUACCUGACGUUCGUCCUCGCCGCGGUCGCCGAGCUACCCGUUGUCGUCAUCUGCUACGCGGCCAUCCGGUGGUGCCGCCGGCGUUGGACCAUGCUCGCCGUGUACGGCAUCGCCGGCGCAUGCGCAAUCAGCGUCGCCGUACUGCCGCCAGAGUGGGUGGUGCCUCGUCAGAUGUGCGCCAUCGGCGGGAAGAUGCUGGCCUCCGCCUCGCUGACGCUGGUGUGGAUCUUCGCGGCCGAAGUGUUCCCGACGUUGUACCGGACGGUCGGAGUCAGCGCCUGCCUGGUGGGCACCCGCAUCGGUUCUUCGACGGCCCCGUUUCUGUUGGAACUGAGAACCUACCUGACUGACUCAAUCCCCAUGGCCACUCUGGCAGCCAUUUCUAUUCUGGCCUCUUCACUGAUGCUCUUGCUGCCGGAGACGCUACGGGUUGCGCUGCCGGACACGAUACGCGAGUCCAAACAGCUGGGGAAUUCGAGGAAAGCAGAUAAGGACGUCUCCUCUAAGGACACUACGAUCGACUCGAAACUUCAACUCGCGGGGACUGAACCAACCGCACUUGAGAACGACGUCAAGCACUGAACUACCUCCCACCAUCCAUCACCAGGACUUCGCUAUGAGAAUGCCAGCAAUGGCGAUAACCACGAUGGGCUGGUUCGACUGCCUUGUUGAGGCGCCCGCAUUCAACUGAAGGUUGAAUGCGAAAUGAUGAACGUAAAAGAAAACGUCAACUGGCCAAGGAUGCCAUGAAGAACAAACCAUGACUCCCUGGAGAGCUGAAUUGUCUCUUUUUUGACCCCAUAGGACCUUUUACUUUAUUAUUACCAGAAUUAAAAAAAAAAAACAUUCUCCUUCGCUGGUGUCACAAUUCGGCUUGAUCAACUGGAUUACUGCAAGACGCAGACAUUAUUUGCAAUGAAAAACUAAAAAAAAUGGUAUCGACAAAUGGUCAAAAUUUUGCUAAUUACAUUUUAGAAAAUGACGAUACAUAUUGCAAUUUGCGAACUGGAUCCGGCGAGUUCGCGAACUAUGCAUACGUACUUAUUCCUGAUGUGGAACUGAUAUCGUGAGGGCAGGUUAAUGGGUAUAGUUGUGAUAUGGCCCUGACGAAUGUGAUUUCUACUAUGAAAUGCUGGUUUAGUAAAUUUUAUGGUUACGUUUGAACAACGCUACCUUGUGACAUAAUAUUUCAGGCAACA